UGUGGCAACAUGCUACAUGACGAGGUUGAAUUGUUGUCUGUCAGUGCACGACAAUUCACUGCUCCGGCUUUACAUUUUGGUUCAAUAAAAAAAAAAACUUGGGCCAUCAACUUAGAAUACUAGACGCAGUUCUCAGUUUUUCAUCAUGGCUCGUCGUUAUGACACACGUACAACCAUCUUUUCCCCUGAAGGUCGACUGUAUCAAGUCGAGUAUGCCAUGGAAGCCAUUGGCCAUGCAGGAACUUGCUUAGGGAUUUUAGCUUCAGAUGGUAUUGUGUUGGCAGCUGAGAGGCGCAAUACCAACAAACUCUUAGAUGAAGUUUUUUUCUCUGAGAAAAUCUAUCAACUCAAUGCUGACAUGGUCUGCAGUGUAGCGGGAAUCACUUCUGAUGCCAAUGUCUUGACUAAUGAACUCCGCCUCAUCUCUCAACGAUACCUUCUUCAAUAUGGAGAAUCUAUCCCAUGUGAACAGCUGGUUUCUUGGCUGUGUGAUGUCAAACAAGCUUACACUCAGUAUGGUGGUAAAAGGCCUUUUGGUGUGUCACUCCUGUAUGCAGGAUGGGAUCAUCAAUAUGGCUUUCAACUGUACCAGUCAGAUCCUUCAGGAAACUAUGGUGGAUGGAAAGCAACUUGCAUUGGAAAUAACAGUGCAGCUGCAGUAUCCAUGCUUAAGCAAGAAUACAAAGAAGGAGAAACUAAAAUUGACGACGCUUUGGCUUUGGCUAUCCGUGUUAUGAGCAAAACCAUGGAUGCCACUAAGCUUACUCCUGACAAACUGGAACUGGCUACACUCACACGACAUGAUAAUAAAACCUAUAUCAAAGUUCUCCCCGUCGCUCAGGUCAAAACCCUGAUUGCCGAUCAUGAGAAAAAAGAAGCUGCUGAAGCUGCGAAAUCCAAACCGACUACCGCCUCUUAAAAAUCUUCUUUGUGUUUCACAACUUUGAUUAUUUUGGAUUCUGAAACUUGGAAAUAUACCUUUCUGGUAUU